CGAAGGGAGGCAUUCAUCGAAAAACCUGAACCAAAACCUGAAAUAUUCCGGACCGGUAAGAGGUGGCAGCCUCCACCUGAUGAACCAUAUGUUUGGCCCACUGUACGAAGGCCUCUUAGCGUACAGCCAGGCACUGAACCAACCGUUGAUUUUGUACCAGGAGUACCGAGAAGUUUGGAUGAAGUAGAAUAUCAUUGGGAGCCGUAUGUUCGUGAACCUGAUUUCAAGCAAGAACACAAAAAUUUCACACCAACUGGUUCACCGACUUUAUCGCCCAGGAGAGGAUAUGGUCAGUGA